ACCUGGGACGCUGUGACAACAUCAAAUUGAUGGUUGAAUGCGUUAAUCUCAUGUGAUUCCAAUCUACUGAAAAUAAUGGCCUUCCUUUUCUUUUUCAACUUUGGUCCUCUCUCCUCUUAUCUCCACGAAACCUUGCGAGCUUAGCUUGAUCGGAAAGCCUUUCUCUUCAAACUUCCCGCAACCCUUUCUACUGAAUCCAAUAUCAAUUCUCCGAAGUCAACAUUUGCUAUGGCUUUCCCCAACCGCCUCCUUACUCAUUCAACAUGGCGCCUCGUCGGCCUUGGCCUUACAACCACCAUCUUCGGUCUAGGAGCCCUGGCCAUACUCGCACCACCCGCUGCUGCAGAUUCUCUUGGGGUUACGCCCACCACUCCAGAAGGCUGCACCGUAACCGAAAAAGCAAUGGUGUUCCUUGGUAUACGUGACUUGGCCGCUGCAGCAGCGCUGUUUUGGUUCUAUCGUGAAGGCAAGACGAAGGAGAUGGGAGUUUUGACGACGGCGUGGACUCUUGUGUGUGUGACGGAUACGUGGGUUGCGAUGCAGGGGCCAAGAGGAUGGGACAAGGGGAUUUGGACACUGUGGGGGGGAGCGGCAGUCGUUGCGUUUGUGGGGCUGGGGCUGCUCCAGGCGGGAGGGUAGGGGGCGAUGUGGUGGUGAGGAGUUCAAAUCUUGGAGUAGAAGCAGGCAAGGCAGUUCACGUAGGGGGGAUGGUUCCAGCUUCCUGAUCUACAUAGUCCCCAACUGGGCCGUGACACCAGUGACAGCUCAAGUUACGCUGUAAGUUGAACUUGACUUGAAUGUUAACUGAAUCGGGCUAGACCCCUGUGCCCUCUGAACUCCCCCUCACGGCAUGGACAGCA